AUGCCUCCUCUUCUUCCACACACGGUACCAGAGCAUUUCGCAUCUAUCGUAUCAAAGUAUGGAGACCAACCAGCAGUCAUAUCCCGAUCGCCAACAACAAUUGCAUCAUCCUUUCCCGAGCCCCUGGGCUCGCCGGUCCCCACGGCUCAGGAGACCAUCUUGACCUAUGAGGCGCUGGAUACUGCCUCGAACUCUCUUGCUCAUUCGCUGAGGUCACUUGGUGUCAAGAAAGGCGACAGAGUUGCUGUCAGUCUCGGAAACUGCGCCGAGUAUGCGGCUCUGACAUACGCCAUCUUCAAACUGGGAGCCAUCCUGGUGCCGCUGAAUCCAGCUUUCAACGCGAAGCAGGUGGCGGCCGCCCUCAAGCAUCUCGAUGUGGAACUCCUCAUCAUAGGUGCUGUCACGGAUCUGGCUUACAAGCCCUGCCGCGGGCGCAGCAACCUACCGCUGCUCGAGACUCUUGUGCCUGAUCUCAAGUCGGGGCGCGUAGAGUCGCAAGACGUACCUAGCCUUAGGACAGUCGUCGUACUGGAUAACAGUCCCUCUCAUCCGCUGGUGUCCUUUCCCCUGUCCUCUUUGAAGUCCCUGACAUCUUACUCUACACUAGUAGAGUCGGCAGCGUCAAAGUUUAGCUCGUCACGCAGCGUCUCGCCGGACUCGCCCCUGGAGCCGACCGAGACGAUCAACAUUCAGUUCACAUCGGGCACAACAUCGCACCCCAAGGCUGCAAUGCUGUCACACACCAGCAUCCUCAACAACGGGGCGCUGAUCGCCGCGCGAAUGGGUUUGGUCCCCGACGAUCGAAUCGUCUGUCCGCCGCCACUAUUCCACUGCUUCGGCUGCAUCCUGGGCUACAUGGCGACCGCGACCACCGGCGCCGCCAUCCUGUUCCCAAGCCCGGCGUUUGACCCUGUCGCAAACCUGCGCAUGGUGGCGGAUCACCGCGCGACAGGUCUCUACGGCGUGGCCACCAUGUUCGUGGCCAUGCUGGAGCUGCUCUCCGGCGAGCACGCGCCCGUGCCGGCGGACGUGGUCGCGCGCUUCCCGGACCACCUGCGCAAGGGCAUCGCGGCGGGCAGCUCCGUGCCCGAGAGCCUGAUGCGGCGGCUGUACGGGACGCUCGGCCUCAGGGACCUCGUCAUCUGCUACGGGAUGACGGAGACCAGCCCCGUCAGCUGCAUGACGGCGCCGUCGGACCCCUUUGAGAAGCGCACGUCCAGCGUCGGGCGGGUGAUGCCGCACACGCUGGUGAAGGUCGUCGACCCGCUCGAUCGCGAUCGGGUCCUGCCCGUUGGGCAGAGAGGCGAGCUCGCGGCCAGCGGGUAUCUCGUCAUGCAGGGCUACUGGGGCGACGAGGAGAAGACCAGGGAGGUGCGCAUCCUGGAGCCGGACAACGACCAGGGGCGGCGGGAGCUGGAGAUGAACGACGAGCCGGACUAUGGCGAGCCGGCGGUCGAGACGAACGGCGAGGUGAGCGACAUGGGCUUUGAGGAGCACCGUGUGUGGGUGUACAGCGGCGAUGAGGCGAGCAUGGAUGCGGAUGGAUAUAUUGAGAUCACGGGCCGCAUCAAGGACCUGAUUAUCAGGGGUGGCGAGAACAUCCACCCCUUGGAGAUUGAGAACUGUUUAUUCCAGCAUCCGCUCGUUGCGGAGGUCAGUGUCGUGGGUGUGCCGGAUGACAAGUAUGGAGAGAGCGUGGGCGCCUUUGUCAUUCCGUAUAAGGGGGUGAAGACGAUGGAUGUGGCGAGUGGGAGGCAGGGGGAAGGAGCCAAGAUACUUACGAAGGAGGACGUAAGGCAGUGGGUUCGAGAGCAUCUCUCGUCGCAUUUGGUGCCGAAGCACGUCUUUUGGAUAGAUGAGUAUCCGAAGACAUCAAGCGGCAAGAUUCAAAAGUUCAAGCUGAGAGAUACAGCAAACGAGCUGCUCAAGGGAUCACCGGCAUGA